AUGGACUUUAUUGUGGACCUUCCUCCCUCCAAGGGCAUGAACACCGUCCUGGUCGUCGUCGACCGUCUCACCAAAAUGGCCCACUUCAUCCCCUGCAAGGGCCUACCUACCGCUAAACAGACGGCCGAUCUUGUACUCCGAAAGGUUUUUAGGCUACAUGGGGCGAUGUUGUUUCGGAUCGGGGAGUACAGUUCACUUCCAGGUUCUGGAGAAACUUCUGUCAAGCCCUUGGGAUCUUCUGCGUUCCACCCCCAAUCCAAUGGGCAGACCGAGAGAACGAAUCAAAUCCUCGAGCAGUAUUUGCGCUGUUUCGUCACCCAUCUGCAGGACGACUGGCUGGACCACCUCUCUACGGCCGAGUUCGCCUAUAACAAUGUGGAGCACAGUUCUACCCAAUACAGCCCGUUCUACGCUAACACCGGCCUACACCCAACCUUCAUCCCUCACUUGCCCAUUUCCACCACAGUCCCAGCUGUGGUCGAACGUCUUGCAAGUCUACAACAGGCACAGGAAAAUAUUCGGGACAAUCUACAUCGAGCCCAGAGCCGCUUCAAGCAGGCAGCGGAUAAACACUGCAAACCUGCGCUGGAAUUCCAGAUCAGCCAUGUUUCCACCAGCUCCAUUCUAAGUAACAGGGCUCAGUUCCCAUUCUUUCUUCGCACUGCUCCAAGUGAUACUUUCCAAUCCAAGGGACUGGCCCAACUGUUGUUGCAUUUCCAAUGGACCUGGGUGGGGAUGAUCGCUGAUUCUAAUGAUUAUGGAUACCAGGGCAUACAGGGAGUGAGACAAGAAUUCAUCAAAUCUGGAGCUUGUGUGGAAUUUUUGGAGUAUGUCCAGAGCAGUCGUCCAGAUCACAACAUUCCACAUAUCAUCCAGACCAUCAAAAAGUCCAGAGCCAAGGCUGUAGUUAUCUUUGCAACUGAUGUUGAUAUUAUUCUGUUGUUUGAGGAAUUCCUACGUCAUAAUAUCACUGGGAAGCUUUGGGUGGCCAGUGAAGGCUGGGCAACCUCAAAUUUGCUGUCUUAUGAAAAAUAUAGUGAGCUACUUCACGGAACCAUAGGUUUUACUUACCCUAUUGAACACAUCCCAGGGUUUGACAACUAUACUGAGACAUUUGAUUUCUCCAAAAAGUCUAACGAGCCCUGGGAUGGUAUGUUUUGGGAGGAUACUGUUGGCUGUAAACUUUUGGACUUCAAAAACAUGACCUUUUACUGGAAAAGGCCAAACAGGAAUUGUUCAGUGGAAAAAAGAUUGGAGAACUUUCAUAUAAGCCUGAAUAAUAUAUCCAACUUUGGAAUGGUGUAUAACCUGUACAAUGCUAUCUAUGUAAUUGCUAAAGCUAUGCAUGACUUGAGUUUAUGUAAAGUUGGAGAAGGUCCUUUUCUAAAUGAAGGCUGCUCAGAUGUGUUUAACAUUAAGCCAUGGCAAGUUCCAGUCUCUGUAUGCAGUGAAAGUUGUCCACCAGGUUCUCAAAAAGCUUCAGUUCAAGGAGAACCAAGUUGUUGCUACAAAUGUGUCCCCUGCUCACAAGGAGAGAUUUCUAAUGAAACUGAUGCAAAUAAUUGUUCUAAAUGCCCUUGGAAUAUGUGGCCAAGUGAAGAAAAGGACAGAUGUCUCCUAAAAACAAAUGAAUACCUCUCGUAUGAAGAAACAUUGGGCAUUACGUUGGCAUCCACCAGUGUUACUUCAUCCUUUGUACCUAUAGCUAUCCUAGGGCUACUCAUUUGCUACAAGACCACCCCCAUUGUCCGUGCCAACAAUUACACCAUUAGUUGUCUUCUUCUCAUCUGCUUGUCCCUUUGUUUUUUGUGUUCCCUUGCAUUCAUCGGCUAUCCUGGAAAUGAGAAGUGCCUCCUUCGUCAAGUGGCCUUUGCCAUGGUUUUUGCAUUAUGCGUGUCAUGUAUUUUGGCCAAAACUGUAUUGGUAAUGAUUGCUUUUAGAGCAUCUAAGCCCAACAGUGAUUUACGAAGAUGGGCAAAUCCUCAAGUGUCCUAUGUGGUCAUUUGUAUGGGCACUGUCAUUCAGUUCCUCAUCUGUACAAUAUGGCUCAUUAUUUCUCCUCCCUUCCCUGAAUUUAACGUCAAAGAUAAGACUGGAGUUCUAGUUUAUGAAUGUAAUGAAGGUUCCCCCACAGCAUUUUGGUUUACUUUAGGAUAUCUGAGUUUCUUGGCCCUUAUUAGUUGUCUUGUUGCUUUCUUGGCAAGAGAACUUCCUGAUAACUUCAAUGAGGCCAAGUAUAUCACUUUCAGCAUGUUGGCAUUCCUCACUGUAUGGGUGUCCUUCAUUCCAGCUUCACUAAGUACUAGUGGUAAAUACACUGUGGCCAUGGAGGUCUUUGCUAUAAUGUCCUCCAGUUGGGCCAUACUCUGUUGCUUGUUUUUUCCAAAAUGCUAUAUUAUUUUGUUUUAUCCUGACAUAAACUCCAGGAAAAGACUUCUUGGAAAACAAAUCAUCAUGUAA